GCGACGGUACCAUUUUUUCACCACUCCCCCACCUUGCCUGACCAGAAAAUCCACACGCAGCUGUAGCUAACCACACCCGACUGUGUUACCUGUUGCGUAGCCUACCUUUACCUGAACGCACCGCUUCGAGCAUGAAGUAACAUUGUAACCGGCAACAACAAAUGUUUGUCUUUAUUUGAGCUUUCCCAAAUCCGAAGAUAUUAAAUAUGAACAUCAACGACGAGGGCGGAGGAGGCGAUAUCGUGGGAAUGUCAGCCUCCGAGAAACAUCAGAACUGGAUUCCCAAAAUAAUAAAGAAAAGAGUUUGCACUACUUUUGUAGAGGACACUGAUAGUGAUGCCCGGGGGUGCCAGUGCGGGGGGACCAGGGACUCCCAUGCUUCGGCCGCACUGGGGGACUACUUCAGCACCGCCAUCGUCAGCCGCUGGGACAGCAGCCAGCACUCCUCUGAACAGCCCACCGACGCCUUCGGGGAGGUGGAGUUUGCAGGAGCCAGCAAGAGACACAGCUAUUUCCUGCGUCUGUCCUGCGACACCCCCCCCGCCUCCGUGUACCACAUGAUGACGGCACACUGGCGCCUGCCCCCCCCCAACCUGGUGGUGUCGGUGGUGGGCGGGGAGGGCAGGUCGAAGAUCAAGACCUGGGUUCGGGAGGUUCUGCGGCAGGGACUGGUGAAAGCUUCUCAGAGCACAGGAGCGUGGAUCCUGACAGGAGGCCUGAGGGAGGGGGUUGGGAGGUGUGUGGGAGAGGCGGUGAGGGACCACGCCACGGCUGCCUCCUCCAUGUCCAUCAACAAGGUGGUGGCUCUGGGCAUCGCACCCUGGGGCAUGGUGCACAACCGCCAGCAGCUGGUCAACCCGGAGGGAAGCUUCCCUGCUAAGUACUAUGUCCACAACACGUCGAGGGACUCCUGUUGUCUGGACAACAACUACCAGGCCUUCCUGCUGGUGGAUGAUGGGAGUGUGAGGCGCAAAGGAGUGGAGACGGCCUUCAGGGCCCACCUGGAGGACUACAUAUCCCAUCAGCGUACAGGCAUCUGUGGCAGUGGAAGCAUCAACAUCCCUGUGCUGUGUAUGCUGAUCUCAGGGGAGGCAGCCAUGUUGAAGGUUCCCUCACCACCGCUAACCCUCACCACCGCUAACCCUCACCACCGCUAACCCUCACCACCGCUAACCCUCACCACCGCUACCCUCACCACCGCUAACCCUCACCACCGCUAACCCUCACCACCGCUAACCCUCACCACAGCUAACCCUC